GUGGAGGAUGUGCUGAGCAUGACCAUGCUCCGGCCACACGAAGAGCUCCUGAAUGCACGUACCUUGGUACAGUACGAGGGGGGCAGUCAGGGGAGCGUCAUGUUCAUCUCGCACCAAUGGGCUGGCUCGGACCAUCCUGAUCCCUUCUUUGAGCAGUUCAAGAUCUUGCAGGAGGCCUUAAGGAAGAUGAUGUCCAACGCCUCUGGGGUCAGUGCCAACAUCUUGGUCGAGAUGAUGUACGCACAAGACACCAAGGGGGUCACAGCCAAAGAGCUCACCUCCCAGCCGCUCUUUCUUUGGUACGACUACUUCUCCUGCCCUCAGAUUGAAGCACAGAUGGGCAAAACAAGAGAACAGGCCAUCAGCAGCAUCGCGGCUUAUGUUGAGAAGUGCCAGUACUUCGUGGUCCUCUGCCCACAUGUCAGACACGCCGAGAAUGAGGCGCUCACGAAGAAAAGCUGGGAAAGCCGCGGCUGGUGCAGACUAGAGCGCGCCGCAGAGGGGCUGAGGCUCCAGGGGAAGACCGGCUUGUCCAUCGAAGUCCACAGCGGCUCCUACCAGGCGCUCGGGCCCCAUUGGGACUGGCUCCGGAUUCCCGUGGGCGAAGGCCAGUUCCGAAAGGACGAAGACCGGUCGAAGCUGGCCGAAGUCUUGUGUGUCAUGUUGGCCAACAAGCUGAACUACUUCCUGCUGCAGGAGGACUUCUGCAACUACCGCAUCCUGCUGAACCUGCAGAGGCUGCAGCUCCGCGGCUUGUCUGCUACGCCCAAGGAGGACUUUGUGCCGGGCUUCGUCUCCAACACGAAAGACCCAGCGGUGUUGACAGUGGAGCGCUUCAUGUAUCAGAACGGCUUUCUUUCCAUCCAAGCGCCCGACUCUGCGGGCUGGCCUCCGCUUUGCUAUGCGGCCCUGGAUGGCAGCCCUAUGCUGGUGGCGAGCCUUUUGGAGCAAAGAGCCGAGGUGAACAGCUGCAGCACCAAGUUCGACAAGCUCUUCAACUUCCCUCCCAGGAUGAGCGCCCUGUCGAUCUGCGUGGCGCUGAUGAACAACGAUGCCUGCCGUGUGCUGAUCGAGGCCAAGGCAGAUCUUCAUGCGGAG